CGCAAAGUCGUGGUCGUGCGAUGUGAAGGGAUCAACAUCUCCGGCAACUUCUACCGCAACAAGUUGAAAUACCUCGCUUUCCUGCGCAAGCGUAUGAACACCAACCCCUCCCGGGGGCCGUACCACUUCCGCACCCCCAGCCGAAUCUUCUGGAGAACAGUGCGAGGAAUGACACACAAGACCAAACGUGGUCAGGCUGCCUUGGAUAGGCUGAAAGUUUUUGAUGGCAUCCCCCCUCCCUACGAUAAGCGCAAGAGGAUGGUGGUGCCGGCUGCCUUGAAAGUGGUUCGCCUCAAGCCCACUCGCAAGUUCGCUUAUCUGGGCCGCCUUGCCCAUGAGGUGGGCUGGAAGUACCAGGCCAUCACGGCCACCCUGGAGGAGAAGCGUAAGGAGAAGGCCAAGCUCCACUAUACCAAGAAGAAGCAGCUGAUGAAACUCCGAAAGCAGGCAGAGAAAAACAUGGAGAGCAAGAUCUCAAAAUACACAGAUGUCCUGAAGCAGUACGGCAUCCUGGUUUAAAUAGCACCCGGGCUUAUUAAACAAUUUCAAAAGUU